UCCUAAUAAUAUACUUCCUUUUUUUCCUCCCCAGCAUCUAUCAGUCAAUCAGUCUUUUUCUCUGUGCCUAUCUGUCUGUCUGUCUUUUUGUCUGUCUGUGUAUCAGUAUCUCUCUAUCCCUAAUCAUCCACAUAUUGUCACUAAUCAGUCAGUCCAUCUAUCUAUCUAUCUAUAUAUCUAUGUAUCCCUUAUCAUCCACAUACUAAUCUUCGGUCUCUCCUGUCUCACCCCAGCGUGGUUCUCUGAGUGGACGGUGGUGCGGGGCCAGGCGGAGCUGCCCUGCCUGGUGCCGCGGCCCACAGACCCCAACGACAAGCCCCUCCUGGCACUCUGGUACAAGGAGAACCAGCCUACCGUGCCCAUAUACAGCUAUGAUACGCGGAGCAGCUCGUUCAACGAUGGGGAGCGGUGGACGGCAGAUGAAUAUUUCGGCACCCGGGCCUUCUUCCGCAUCAUGUCCGACCCGCCAACCCUGGUGGUGGACGGCGUGCAGGUGGCGGACGAGGCUGUGUACACCUGCCGCGUGGACUACAAGGUGCGCCCGUCCGCCAUCACCAAGGUCAACCUCACAGUUAUAGUGCCACCCGGGCCGCCCACCAUCGUCAACACCAACAACAACAGGGACCAGGUCAUUAACACGGUGGGGCCGCUGGAGGAGGGCGCGCACACGGAGCUCACCUGCAAGUCAGCGGAGGGCUCGCCGAAACCCACACUUACCUGGUGGCGCGACGGGGAGAGACUGGAUCAGCUGGUGACACUAAGCGACAAUGGCGUAGCCAGUAGGAUCAGCGUGGUGGCGUCCCGGGCUCUGCAGGGCGCCACUCUCACCUGUCAGGCGCUCAACAACAACAUCACGGAGCCCUCGUCCACGUCCGUCACCAUCAACGUGCUGCUCAAGCCACUAUCGGUGGAUAUCGUGGGGGACGUGGGCACGCUGUCUGCGGGGCGGCCCGUGGAGCUGGUGUGCAGAGCGGUGGGGUCACGGCCGCCAGCACGUAUCACCUGGUGGAGAGGAGCGCGCAAUAUCACAGAAGUCACUCACACAGACAUGAACAACGGCAAUGUCACCACGGGCUCCAUCGUCUUCCGCCCCACCCGCCACGACGACGGCCGCCACAUCCGCUGCAGUGCUGCCAACCCGUCCCUGCCACACUCAGAGAUAGAGGACUCCGUGCUGCUCAGUGUGAGAUAUAAGCCCGAGGUGGAGCUGGCUCUCGGCCCCGCCCUGGACCCCGAGGCCAUCAAGGAGGGGGACGACGUGUACUUCGACUGCACCAUCCACGCCAACCCGCCCGCCAGACGCGUCACGUGGUUCCACAACGGCGAGGUGCUGGAAGCCAAUAGGAGCGCUGGCCUGAUCAUCUCGGACCACAGCCUCGUGUUGCAGAAGGUGAGGCGGGAGCGUGCCGGCGUGUACACCUGCGCCGCCCACAACAGGGAAGGCAAGGGCGUCAGCAACAGUGUCAAGCUCAACGUGAUGUUCGCGCCGGUGUGCAGCAGCCCGGGGCGCCGCACCCAGGGCGUGGCCAGGAUGGAGAGUGCCAAGGUGGUGUGCCAGGUGGAGGCCUUCCCGCACCAGGUCAACUUUACGUGGCGAUUCAACGGGUCUUCUGAAGGCGAGGCGCUUCCCCUCCACGCCAUCAAGAGCCAAGGCACGUCCUCCAUGCUCAACUACACGGCCUCCAUGGAGCAGGACUAUGGGACGCUGCUCUGCUGGGCUGCCAACAAGAUCGGUAUUCAGAAGGAUCCCUGCGUCAUUCAUCUGAUCCCCGCAGGCCCGCCAGACCCCCCACGCAAUUGCUCCAUUGCCAACCAGACGAGCGAGGCGUUGGUGGUGGAGUGCACGCCAGGGUUCGACGGGGGGUUGCCUCAGCACUUCGUCAUGGAAGCGUGGGACGACGGGGCGCUGCUCUCCAACACCUCAAGCCUGGCGCCGGAGUUCGUGGUGCGUGGCCUAGAGGCGGGCAUGGGCGUCACCCUCAAGGUGCGCGCCACUAACAGCCGCGGCCAGAGUGCAUCCAUCAACCUGGAGGCGGACAUCAUGAAGGUCGCCGAGAAGCGCAUGGGACCCCCGGAGAAAGGCGUCCUCAUCCCCCCGGUCGUGGGCGCGGUGGUGGGCGGUGUGGGCGCCGUCCUGGUGCUGGUAGUGGCGGGGCUUGUCCUCACCCACUACACCCACAGAUCACGCCCGCAGAACCAGAGUAAAAGUGAGUCGCCGCCCACACUCACGAACGUGUAUGUGGGCGGCGGAGGCGACGGCUGCAGCGAAGACGCCCACUCCCUGAACAAGGCGGCCAACCCUGAUGUGGUGAGAGGCACAGGUCAGGAGACUGGCGGGCUGGAGGAGGCGGCGAGUGCGGGCGCGGGCGCUGGCACCGGUGUGGGCGCGCCUCGCUGUGUGGAAGCCGUGGCCAUCCUACAGGGCAACACCGUGGCGGGCGUCACCACCACGCUGCCCAACCCCAGCAAGGGCAUGGACGUGGAGUACGUGGAGGUGAUGUCCGGGGCCCCAAUCAGCUCUGGUAUCAGGCGCCGCGAGGACCCUGUGGUGUACACCAGCCUCGCCCCGCACCCGUAUCAGCCGUACCCAGCGCACGUGCCGCAGAUGGUGGUGAACCCGAGGGACUACGGCCGCGACGCUGACUGUUGCAUGCCCACCACCACCUCCCUGCAUGACUUGGCUGGCGUGCUGCAUCCCGCGCGAGGCCACCACUCUGCCGCGCAGGACAGGAGGCGCGACGAGGGUGUCAACGUAUACGGGACCAUACGCCGUGGGGGUGACAGGGCGGGGGAAGGCGGCGCCCCUCCGCACCCUAGGGCAGUGGGCACCUUCCUGGCCACCAGUCACCAGGAGAGUGCCGUCUAAUAGUCUUCAUAUAAGUAAUCGUGCAUCACAUUCCAUUUGAUUCCUGUUUGACGGUGUAUAGCUACAAAGUUUACCCGUGUGUAGGUGCUUGUCACGCCCACUGCCUCAGCGCCAGGAACUCUGUCAGCGUGUGAGGCCCCAGGCAGUGACUCCUGCAAAGACACUCCUUCGCAUCGACUCUGCAAUGCACAGUGGCGGCGGCGCGUUAUCAGGAAACAGGGAUAACAGACUCCAAGCAGAUCCCAAGCCACCGCUCAGGGAACCUCGAAUGUCCCUCACGAGACGGAGCACAAACCAGCACAACGUUAUUUAAUGCGAAUUAUAUAGGUAACGAUUUAU